UUUGUCAGAUCAGAACUAAAAUGAGCGGCAGAGGUAAAACCGGCGGUAAGGCGAGAGCGAAGGCCAAGACUCGCUCAUCCAGAGCUGGACUGCAGUUCCCCGUCGGCCGUGUUCACAGACUUCUCCGUAAAGGCAACUAUGCUGAGCGUGUCGGUGCCGGUGCUCCCGUCUAUCUGGCCGCAGUGCUCGAGUAUCUGACCGCUGAGAUCCUGGAGUUGGCCGGAAACGCCGCUCGUGACAACAAGAAGACUCGCAUCAUUCCCCGUCAUCUGCAGCUGGCGGUGCGCAAUGACGAGGAGCUGAACAAACUUCUGGGCGGUGUGACCAUCGCUCAGGGCGGCGUGCUGCCCAACAUCCAGGCUGUGCUGUUGCCCAAGAAGACCGAGAAGCCCGCCAAGACCAAAUAAACCAACACAAGUUCACUUAAACACAAAGGCUCUUUUAAGAGCCACCCACUCCAUCCAUAAGAGAGCAGAAUGACUAUUCGAUAUUCUAACGAUAAAAUGAUAUAAUUAACACGUGUUAUGUGUACAAUCAACAACUACUAGUUUUU